AUGGACGAUCGUCUCUCCUCCCAACUUGAACACUAUGCCAGCCAGGUGACUGCGAGCGCCACCCUCAUCAUUCGUCACCUUAAGUCACUCAAAGACGAACCAUCGACGCUGCCCAGCCAGACCAGCGUACCCACGGCAGUCGGCACGGCACAACUACGGCUGGCGGAAGCCGCAUUUCAGCUGCUGCAUUUUACUCGGGAUCCAGGUAACGUCCUGACCCAGUUAACGGUCGAUGUUCGCAUAUCCCAUGGCUUCCCAGGGCCUCCCACUCUGCCCUUACAUCAUUUGCUCCAAGUGAUCAGUGCUGUGCGAUGGUUGCUCCACUUCGAGAUUUUCUCCUUGGUGCCGCUGGAGGGCAGCAUUUCGUAUCACGAGCUCUCCAGCGUGGCCAACGUGCCCGAGAAUCUCCUGCGUAGUCACAUUCGACUCGCUAUGACCUGUCACUUGUUUCAGGAGUCCGGGCCGAUAGGGAUGGUUGCUCAUAGCCCCGUAUCGCGCCAACUAGCCAGUGACCCAAGCUUAGUCUCUUGGGGUCAGUACUUUGCGAAUUCCGUCUUUCCGACUGCGACGAAGAACGUGAAUGCUACUGCGGCUUGGCCAGGUAGCAAGGCGCUCAAUGAAACGGCGCAUAACCUCGCCUUCAACCACCAUGGCUCCUUCUUCGACUACGUCUCGCAGGAUCCUGCCCGCACAGUGGAGUUUGCCAACUCCAUGAAAGCAGUAUCCACCACCAGCUUGUUUGACACCUGCCAUUUGUGUAAGAGCUUUGACUGGUCGUCACUCGGCGACGGGGUUGUAGUUGAUAUGGGCGGCUCUACGGGCCAUGUCAGUAUUGCUCUCGCAGAGAGCUUUCCGAGCCUGCGCUUUGUGGUGCAAGAUCUCCCGGACGUAGUUUCCAACAGCAUCAGGCAACUGGAAGAGCGCCAGCUGCCCCUGUCGGUAACCACCCGUAUCCAGUUCCAGGGUCAUUCGCUGCUCCACAUGCAGCCAGUCAAGGGUGCCGCCGUCUAUCUCCUGCGCCAAAUCCUCCAUGAUUGGCCGGACCGCGAAGCUGUUCAGAUUCUUCGCAGCAUCGUGCCCGCUCUGGGACCAAGCAGCAAAAUAUUCAUCGCAGACAUUGUUCUACCGGAAGCGGGCUCCAUUCCAGCUACCGAGGAACAAGUGAUGCGGUGCAAUGACCUGUUGCUUCACCAAUUUACCAACACGCUGGAGCGAACGCUCGAGGAUUGGCAGGCCAUUGUGAGUCGGGUGAGUGAUAAUUUACGAAUCCAACACGUCUAUAGAGAUCCGGGCAGCAUCCUGUCCUUGUUGGUCAUAGAGACUGUUUAG